GGCCGCGAUGGCAAACGCCAGCGAGCCGGGCGGCGGCGGCGGCGGCGGCGGGGAGGCGGCCGCGCUGGGCCUGAGGCUGGCCACGCUCAGCCUGCUGCUGUGCGUGAGCCUGGCGGGCAACGUGCUGUUCGCGCUGCUCAUCGUGCGGGAGCGGAGCCUGCACCGCGCCCCGUACUACCUGCUGCUCGACCUGUGCCUGGCCGACGGGCUGCGCGCGCUCGCCUGCCUCCCGGCCGUCAUGCUGGCGGCGCGGCGGGCGGCGGCCGCGGCCGGGGCGCCGCCGGGCGCGCUGGGCUGCAAGCUGCUGGCCUUCCUGGCCGCGCUCUUCUGCUUCCACGCCGCCUUCCUGCUGCUCGGCGUGGGCGUCACCCGCUACCUGGCCAUCGCGCACCACCGCUUCUACGCCGAGCGCCUGGCCGGCUGGCCGUGCGCCGCCAUGCUGGUGUGCGCCGCCUGGGCGCUGGCGCUGGCCGCGGCCUUCCCGCCCGUGCUGGACGGCGGCGGCGGCGGCGGCGGCGGCGGCGGCGAGGACGCGCCCUGCGCCCUGGAGCAGCGGCCCGACGGCGCCCCCGGCGCGCUCGGCUUCCUGCUGCUGCUGGCCGCCGUGGUGGGCGCCACGCACCUCGUCUACCUGCGCCUGCUCUUCUUCAUCCACGACCGCCGCAAGAUGCGGCCCGCGCGCCUCGUGCCCGCCGUCAGCCACGACUGGACCUUCCACGGGCCCGGCGCCACCGGCCAGGCGGCCGCCAACUGGACGGCGGGCUUCGGCCGCGGGCCCACGCCGCCCGCGCUCGUGGGCAUCCGGCCCGCGGGGCCCGGCCGCGGCGCGCGCCGCCUGCUCGUGCUCGAGGAGUUCAAGACCGAGAAGCGGCUGUGCAAGAUGUUCUACGCCGUCACGCUGCUCUUCCUGCUGCUCUGGGGGCCCUACGUCGUGGCCAGCUACCUGCGGGUGUGGGUGCGCCCGGGCGCCGUCCCGCAGGCCUACCUGACGGCCUCCGUGUGGCUCACCUUCGCGCAGGCGGGCAUCAACCCCGUCGUGUGCUUCCUCUUCAACCGCGAGCUGCGGGACUGCUUCAGGGCCCAGUUCCCCUGCUGCCAGAGCCCGCAGGCCGCCCAGGCCGCGCUCCCCUGCGACCUGAAGGGCAUCGGCUUGUGAGGGGCGCCCUGGCCGCCGCUCCCCACGCCCAUCCUCGACCUGCCUUUCCCGGGCUUGGACUUGGACGGUGUCGGCACUCCCCCGCCCCGCCCCCGCCCCGUCCCGGCACCCCCUUCCCCUCGUUUAAUUUCCUAAACUGCCUUCAGAACGACUCAGUGGGUGCAGGGCGUGGAUUGUACAGACUCCUCCGAGGAGGGAAGCGGGGUGGGUGUUCCAGGUCCAGCCCAACCCAGUUCCGCGCUUUUGUCCUCCUGAAUAUGUUUUCAUCCUGACAAUAGGCCCUGGAGUCCUUUGUCCUGGUACUGACGUCUUUUCUUCCCCGUGCUAUGACUUUUCCUUUUCUAAAAUAAAGGCUAAACUAAUUUUCUUCAUGCAACGUUUCCUAAAGACCAUGGCCAGUUUUCUACAGAAGCUAUUUUUGACAACCUCAAGUGGCAUUACAUUUUGCGGUGCAGAAGAGGAACCUUGGGGACUUCGCAAGUUCCAUUUCUUGAGGGUCUUCUGUUGGAGGCAGGAGAAAGGCGGGAGGGGGGUGGGCUGGCAGAAGGGAGGAGGCAGAUUGUCAAAAUGCCCUCUGAGUUGUCGGCCUUGAGCCUUGGGGUGCUUUGGAAGUGUCGAGCACUUUGUCCAGUGUUGACGGUGAAUUUAAAGAGCAUCAGUGGCAAGGCGGGUGCUUUGUUUGAUUUUUUUCUUUAAAGCAGUUAACAACAGGAUUUGUUUCCUACAUCACUGUAUGCACAACUGCUCUCUGUAUCAUACCAAUAUUGAGUGGAAACAUUUCUGUAAAAUUGUAACUUUUAAAGAGUUAAAACAAAAAAGUGUUUGGGUUAGUAAUGGUGUGGAGAAACUCCCAAGUAUUGCAUGAUUUUGUCUGUGCUGGUUCAUGGAUUGGGAGGGCACUGAGAAGCGAAGUACUUGAUGACAGUUGUUUAAGGUUUUGUGUGUCUUUUUUUGCCAAUAAAACUUUAAAUGAUUUGGGGGACAGCUUGUGCUUUGAGAAGCCCAGUUUAUUGUCUUAACCAAUUUCCACUUUGAAAACUGUUCUUUUAUUCAUGGUAUAAAUGAAUUGAAUAAAUAUGAUACUCUACUUCUAUGAGACAAAGCAUUUCCUUAAAAUGUUUGCUAAGUUAAGCUGUGCUGUUUUACUGAUGGUUGUUUUAAAUUAAUCACGGGAACUAUAAUUUUAAAUAUUUCUUUGUUAGACAUUGCAAUGUUAAACUGAAGACUAAACUCUGCAAGUACUGUAUAAUAUUUUUUGCUUAUAAUGCUACAUUUUUAUUAAUGUACCUUCCGUUUUGAGGAUUUAUAUCUGUAUCUCUCUUUGCAUUAUACAAAUAUACCAGUAUUUUCACUCUGGA